UGCGCAUGCGCGUUGUCUCUUCGUGGCCCUUUGGUCUUGCCGCUUGUCUGCCCCUCGUUCCACCUUAAACUCUAACGCCAGGACUCAAACACAACGACAUAACUGUCAAUUAUAUGUUCAUUGUUCGCUCUGCUACGCGUGAACGUCACUGAGUCUCGACGGAAUCCGCCGAGGGCGUCGUUUUCCCGGACAAACAACAAGCGGAGCAUCCGUUCAUUCAGCGGAGCUAGCCAGCUAGCGUUAGCCGAGCAGCAGGGGACAGCUGUGUUAUUAAAGGGAGGAUCCUGAAAAUGUCCGGGUACCAAGGAAAGAAGAACAUCCCCAAAAUCACUAGUGACCGUCUCCUCGUCAAAGGAGCAAAGAUAGUGAACGAUGAUCAGUCUUUCUUGGCUGACAUCUACAUGGAAGAUGGCGUCAUCAAGCAAAUCGGAGACAACCUCAUUGUUCCUGGUGGAGUGAAGAUCAUCGAGGCUCACGGGAGAAUGGUGAUGCCCGGAGGAAUCGACGUGCACACCCGCUUCCAGAUGCCCGACCGAGGCAUGGUGUCGGCCGACGACUUCUACCAGGGAACCCGUGCAGCUCUGUCUGGAGGAACCACCAUGAUCAUCGACCAUGUGGUGCCAGAACCCGGCACCGGCCUGGUGUCCGCGUUCAAACAGUGGAGGGAGUGGGCUGACAGCAAGUCCUGCUGCGACUACUCUCUGCACGUGGACAUCACUGAGUGGAACAAAGGCACUCAGGAGGACAUGGAGACUCUGGUGAAGGACCAUGGUGUCAACUCUUUCCUGGUCUAUCUGGCUUAUAAGGAUGUUUUCCAACUUUCUGACUCUCAGAUCUACGAGGUGUUCAGUGUCGUCAGGGAUCUCGGCGCUAUUGCACAGGUGCAUGCUGAGAAUGGAGACAUCAUUGCAGAGGAGCAGAGACGUAUUCUGGAGCUGGGCAUCACCGGACCUGAAGGACACGUGCUCAGUCGUCCAGAGGAGGUGGAGGCCGAGGCAGUCAAUCGCUCUGUGACCAUCGCCAACCAGACCAACUGUCCUCUCUACAUCACCAAGGUGAUGAGCAAGAGCGCCGCUGAUGUCAUCGCUCUGGCCAGGAAGAAGGGCGCGGUGGUCUAUGGAGAACCCAUCUCUGCCAGUCUGGGCACGGACGGAACUCACUACUGGAGCAAGAACUGGGCCAAAGCUGCAGCGUUUGUCACUUCUCCACCGCUCAGCCCUGAUCCCACCACCUCCGACUACCUCAACUCCCUGUUGUCAUGUGGAGACCUGCAGGUGACGGGCAGCGCUCACUGCACGUUCCAGACUUCUCAGCGUGCGAUAGGAAAAGAUGAUUUCUCCUUAAUCCCAGAGGGAACCAACGGCACUGAAGAGAGAAUGUCCAUAAUCUGGGACAAAUGUGUGGUGACCGGAAAGAUGGACGAGAACCAGUUUGUGGCGGUGACGAGCACCAACGCUGCCAAGAUCUUCAACCUGUUCCCCAGGAAAGGUCGCAUCGCCGUGGGCUCUGACGCCGACCUCGUGCUCUGGGACCCGGACGUCACCAAGAUCAUCUCAGCCAAGACCCACAACCUGGCUGUGGAGUAUAACAUCUUCGAGGGCACAGAAGUGCGUGGAGCUCCGUCCGUGGUCAUCAGUCAGGGGAAGAUCGUGUUGGAGGAGGGAAGCCUUCACACCAGCGAGGGCUGCGGCCGCUACGUCGCCCGCAAACCGUUCCCCGACCACGUCUACAAGAGGAUAAAGGCUCGCAGCAGGCUCACAGAGCUGCGUGGAGUCCCCAGAGGUCAGUAUGACGGACCGGUGUGUGAGGUGACCGCGACUCCUAAACUGAUGUCCACCGUCUCCUCGGUGAAAACGUCUCCUGCUAAGAUGACGCAGCAGCAGCAGCAGCAGCAGCAGCAGCAGCAGUCGGCUCAGCAGCCUGUGCGUAACCUUCACCAGUCUGGAUUCAGUCUGUCCGGAGCUCAAGUCGACGACAACAUCCCCCGUCGCAACACUCAGCGCAUUGUGGCGCCCCCUGGUGGAAAAGCCAACAUCACCAACCUUGGCUAAACCAUGUGAUGUCACGUGAGCGGGGGAGGGAGGGGGAGUGCAGCGCGACACGAGGUCACUCAUGUGAUCAUGUGAUCACCUGAACUCCACCUGUCCCCACACACACACACACACUACGUCACCUCAUGUAUUUUUAAAAAUAAAAAGGCACCAUUCCGUUUAGUUUCCUGCCACAUUCCACUGUCUUUACACGAGGAUCACAUGACGUGAAGCAGCUGUUUUUAUUUCAUUGAACAUUUUUGAACAUUUGUUUACAUUUUUGUGUUUUUGUUGACUGAGAAAACAUGAGUCAGCAGCUGUUUACAGUGUUGUUUUUUCUCCGUGCUGCUUUAUUUCCCUGAUGUUAUUUGAAAUAUAUGCUGUUAGUGGUCAUG